AUGCCGCGGUUGAGGUCGGGGAAAAUGGUAUCAGCCAGCGCGGUGAGGCCGGAGGGCGCCGGCCCCGGCUCCCUGGGUGGAGGGUGUGAGCCAGGGAGAAAGCAGGUAGUGAAGGUGAAUCCUCGCCUGGCGGGGAAGAGAAAAGCAGAGCAGCCCUUACCUACCUGCGUGCAACCCGCCAGGCUCGCCAGCGCUUCUUUGGGGCGGUUUGCUCUUCUUGAGCCCGUGCAGGAGGAGCAAGGUGAGAACAGCCAGGAAUUCCCAGGUAGAAAGAACAAGGGGAUACAGCACAGGAGGGCUGCCAGGAGCAGUAAUGGUGUGGCUCCGCCAGUUUCAGACGCCACUGAGUGUGAAGAUCGGCAGGCAGCAGGUACGGGUGCAGCAGUAGGCUGUGAAGAGACUGUAAGGAGUGGGACAGGGCAACGUCAACAACUAAUUUUCUCAGGAACUACUUUGCAGAAUAAGUUCUCAGCAGGGAUUGAGAGGAAGGAACAUUGCUCAGACCACCUGGACCUCUCAGUUUUCCAAGAGGAUUCAAGGAGCUCAGAAAAAGACGGCAACUACUGCUGUAUGGAAAUAAAAUUACAAAUUCCAUCCUCGGAGGAGGAAAUUGAGAGGUCAGAGAGACAUGGCAUUUGCUGUCUUCCAGAACCAGGAGGGCUGCAACCCGGAGAGGUCACGUGGAGUACUGAAAUGAAAUGCACUGACUCAGUAAUGAUGCAGAAUAUGCAAAUCCCAGAUAUUGGGGAGAAUUUGGGGGGUCAGGAAGCCAUGACUGAAACAGAACGUCAGGAAGAGACUGAUAUACCAGAGAAGUUGAAUGAGUGUCCUUUAGUUGGAUCAAGACAGCAAGGGACACAGGAGAAAGGAAAGAAAUGCUUGAACAAGAAAUGUGGGAUAUCAUUGAUGAAACCAAAACUAUGCGGUUCCAGAAAGAAAGGUAGUUCUGCCUUGCUAGAACUGCAUGCACAGUGUCCUGAGUCCAGGAAAGGAGCUGUGAAUAUGAGGAAAAGGGAUAGAAGUGCACUGGUACAGAGUGUAGAUGGACAAGAACAACCACCAACCAGAGGAAAGACAUACAAGCAUUGCAUGAAAGAAGAGUGGCAGAGCUCAGUCCCCCAGAAAGCACCAGACAGCUCGGGGGAAAAUGGAAAGGAACAACUAAAAGCAAUUGAGCAAGACUCCGGUACUUCACAGGCUGUGAAGAAGGUAAAGACAGAGCAAAACGGAUCAGAAGACUCUAAGGAAAAGGAAGCUCACUGCUCUAAAUGUCCUAUGAUUGUUGCUUUAGGUGAGACUCAAAGCAAGGGCUUUCUAUGCCAUGCUGUAACAAAAAAGUCUGGUGUGCAGUAUAAAGAAAGGAAACCUAAGAAAAGAAAACCCAGAAAUGGUGAAAUCAAGGACUUGCAAGGUUUGACUGCAGCUGAAAAAGUGGUGAACACAUCUGUACAAUGUGAUGCUGAACGUUGCAGAAAUACCGUUAAACAUUGUAGUGGCUCGCUCUGUGCAACAGAAAAGAAUCCAUCGGUGAGAUUAGAGAACUGUAGUUACAUCAAUACAUUAGUGAAGCUUUCAACUAGUGGAACUACCAGCAGUUAUAAAUUAAAUGGAUUCUUCCGUGUAGCCCAUGGUACUGUAGAAGUGAGUGAUACAACUUGCAGCAAUAAUAGAAUGCCAGAUGAGAUAUCACCCGUAAAAGAUGGUUUAUCGUCUAAUAAAGAAAAAACUGAAAAUGGAGAAGGCUGUCUUUCGUGCUGUCUGAAUGAAAGCAGUAAGUGUUUAAGGGGAAAAAAGUGGAACAUUGGUAGGAAGCCUAGGAAAAAGAUGAAAAUCACUGAGAAAUCAGCACUGCAGAAUACUUCCACAGACAUGGCUAAUGAAUGCAGUGAGCGUGGGUUACAAGCAGAAGCAGCAGUUGCAAUGUCGAGCUCCUUUGCAGCUUCAGGACUAAAUCAUACUCUGUCAGAUUCAUGUGAUCAUGGAUUAAAUUUUUAUAUGGGAAAAAGUACUCCUGAAGCACAAAAUAUAUCAGCCUGGAGAACGAAGAGAACCAAAUUACCUCCAUUUGAAAAUGGUUUUAAGAAGACAUCCGAGCUCUCUGUAAUAGCAAAAGGAGAAAAUUCAAGCAGUGUGGCUCAUCAGUCAGCUGCCUCAGGUACCCUGAGAGCUCUAGCUCAGGUCCGUGAUACUUGUGAUUGUCACAAAAGCAAGACAGGGGGAAAACUGAACAAUGUUAAAAAGGAAUUUCAGCAGUUUACCUGUCAAAGAGCAGUACCCAUGACUGGUAAAAAAGUUUGGCCUGUUGAAUCUUGUGCCAGGACUUCUGAAUGGGUUUGUAAAAAUCAUGGGUCCAUCUCAGGAGGAAAAAGACUUUUAGAAGCCGGCUUUGACUAUUCCUCUGAUAAAAGCAGUGUUAAAGCUGUAGGAGAUAGUGCUGUGACUGGGAGUUUGAAACAACUGGAUUUGCACAUAUCAUCGGCAGACAUUACAAAAGAAUCUUCGCAUAAAAGAAUUGACCUAAAUACUGAAUGUCAGACUUCACUUGAAAUGCCAGAAUCCUCUUCUGUAGAUAUUUACAAGACUUUGAGAAUGAGUAAUGAAAAUGGGGAGUCAUCAGUUAAUGCAGAUAAAAGUGGUGUGGCUUUUAACCAUGAUGAUAUGCAAGAAGUUAAAGGAACCUUGAAUUUUACAACCAAACAAAAAGAUAAAAAUGACAGAGAUACAACAAAUAGAAACUUGUCUGUGGCAGUCCAGAAGGGUACAAAAAACCGAAAAAAUAAAAGUGAAGGAGAUAUAACAACUGAAAACCUGUCUGUGGCAGUCCAGAAAGGUACAUCUACAAGUGACACAAACAGAAUAAACUUCAGCUCUAAUGUGUCAGUAGUGAACCAGAUGUUUUCUGAUUUAAAGCUAAUUAAAGCAGUAAACCCUGGAAACCUGACAAAAUUCAAAAUUCCUUUAUGCAGAAACAAACCUGAAGCCAGGAAAUUGGAAUCUGUCCACUCAUUUGAAAGAAAAACCUGUAGUCCACUAGGGCUUGAAAACACUGGUGUUUCAAGAAGACAGAAGACAGGUGAAGAGACUGUCUUGGUAAAUUCUGAGCAGCACCCUUUUCCUGUCACGAGUGAUGCCGCAUCUACAGCUUCCAUAAAGAAGAAAGCAUGUGAGAUUGACAGUAAGGACUUUCAGCACGCUGGCUUUGAAAACCUCUCAAAUGGGAUGUCUGUCCUCCCCAGAAAUUUUUCUACAUAUCCUCUUCUUGAUGGACAACCAGAGUCAUCUGUGCCUGAUUUCUCUGGUUCUGAAUGUGUGCUGAAACCUAGUUUUCCUGAUCGUUCUUGGAAUUCAGUUGACCACCUUGUUGGAUUACAAAUAAAUGAUGAUAGCAAAUCAAAAGGGAAUCUUUCACAACACAAAAGUCAAAAUUCACCAGAUAUUCUUGAAGCUUACAAGCAAGAUAUUCUUGUCAUUGAUGUGAUUCAGGAUGACCCUGAUCUUUUUGGAACGAGUAAUGAAGAGGAGGUAGCCCUUGCAUGUGAAAAGUGUCCAGUGGAAGUGUCCUCUGCUAACCUCUGCAUUACAGACACAAAGCAGGAUAUUAAGCCCGAGUCUCCCAUUCCCUCAGAAAAGAGAUACUCGCUUGAGAAUAGUUCUGGAUGCAUGCAAGAAUCUGGAAUGUCAAAUGAUACUGAAAAUUCCUGUGAUUUGGUGCUAAAAGCUGAAGAUAUUAAAACCCACAACUCCUCCAGGGGAAGCAGUCCUUUGGGAGAUGUUACUGAGGACUUUCUUAAAAAUGGGCAACCAAGUGAACUGGAUGAACUUUUGAAGAGUUUUGAUGUGAAUGAAAAGUUCAAGUUUGCAGAUGGAGUGCCUGAUGUUAAACAAGAAAAAAAGAGUGAAGCUGAAAAAAGUGACUGUAAAUACAAAGAUCUUGUGAACUGUGAAUUGCUAUCAGGAUCACCACUGAAUGACCCGAAAGUAAAUAUCUUCAGUGAAGCUACGGCGAUGAAAUCCUGGACAAAUGGUUACAAACCUUCAGAAAAAAGUCCUUUACAACCGUUGAAGAAUUAUGGAGGUUUUGAGCCAUGGAGGAUGGAGAAAAACGCACCUGCUUCUCAUUCAGUCCAGCAGAUCCUCGAUGCACUUGACUUACCCCGUAAAUACUGCAGAUACUAUUUCAUGACUUCACGUGGGUGUACAAAAGCAAGAUGUCGGUUCUGUCAUGUUCCUGAACAAGGGGAUGAAAAGAUUUGCAUGGCAAUUCUUAGGACAUACGUUAAUAUCAAUGAACCAGGCCUCCUAAAACGUGCAGUUCAAAUAUUUGUGCGGUAUUACAGAGAAGUUUUUCCUGGUGUGGAUUUUGCUUCUCAAGUGUUGAAUGAUCUUCUUGUUUCUCUGCUCAAGAACUGUUUGUUGCAGGAAGUAUUUUGGAUAUUGAAUGUAACAGUAGAAAUCAAGACACUGCCAGCUAAAGAGGUUCUUCUGAAAGUUUUUGAGCAAGUGGCUUCUUUGAAUUUAACAGAUGCUGUGCCUACAUUAAUCCGUACCUUUUGUAAGCUUAUUGAUGCUGGUAUGUUCCUUGAGUUAGACCAUUUUGACUAUAUUAUUAAGUUACUUCACCAAUUGCAAGUUUCCAGUUGGGAAAUAAGUGUUGUUUUGAACAUAAAAUCCAGAUUUAAGGAAAGACACAAUUUUGAAAAGAACUGGCUUUUUGAUUUCAACUUGGCAGCGGAUGAAAUUCAGCAUUGCAUGGAAAAAAGGGAUUGGAGCAAGCUGGGAACUUUGUAUCUUAAUGCAAGAACUGGAUGUGAAUGUUUUGAGGAUUUUCAGAAAUUAUUUUUAUCAAUUGCUGAAAUACUAACCAAAGAUUCUGAGUCAGGCAGACCAGAAGUUCCUUUCUGUGAUUUUGCUGAUGCAGUAAUGAAAAAUUCACAACCUAAUGAAGCAGACAGACUUUUCAUUGGGAGGACUGGAAUAAGUGUAAUGUAUUCUUAUCACAAAGCACUGCAGUGGACAAAGGGAAGGAAGGUUUUGGAUAAACUGCAUGAGCUACAGAUACAUUUUACACUUUUGAAAGGGCUUAUAGGUGCAGGGAGGUCAGCAUCAAGAUGUCAGAUUGUUAAUAAAGCUGCAGAAAUCUUUCUUAAUUGUGGAAGUUUGGAUGGAGCAACAAGGGUACUGAGAGAGUCAGAGUGGACCACAAAUGCACCGUUGUGGCCUUGUGAUAAAAUGGACAUCGUCAAUCGACACAAUCUGUUACAUACCCUAGUGCACAAAUUCUUGAGUAAGAGUUUGUACAGGCAGGCAUUUGAAGUUCUGCGGAACUUCCCAGGUUUGCAAAAACAUUCUGAUACUGUAGAUGUUUCUCAGUACAGCUGCCUUUUUAACAAGCUGAUAAAUGCCUGUUUUGAGAACAAGAGCCUUGGGGUGUCAUCUUCUGCAGUAGACUUCAUGCUUUCAAAAAAAAUUGCUAUUGAUUUUAUUUUACUUAGAAGAUUAAUCACAGCUUUGGGAAGGAGUUCCUUGUGGUCAAAAGCUAGGACAUAUUACAAAAAUGCUUUAUCAUUGGGUUGCUACCCACAGCUGCAGGGAAAUUCAUGCCACAAACUUUUGAAGAUUCCAUCUUACCUGUCUGAAGUUGAGAUGCUGUUGGCCAUUGAAAUAUUUCUUGUUUCAAAUGCCAGUUAUAUUCAAAGUCCAAUGACUACUAGUCAGACUCUUCAAAUAAUACUGAAAAGGUGUGAAGAUCAGACAGUUCAGAAUAACAGUGCCUAUCAAGUGGCAGUGGAGAGACUGAUUCUAGCAGCUCGUUUAUCUGAUCCAAAGCUUUUUCUUAAGCAUUUGACAAUGAAUGUUAAUAUGGAAGAAGUUUACAGCCUGGAGCUUUCAUCUGCUCUAAAAUGGCUUCAGGAGAAUAUGAAAUGGGCUGAGGAGGUCUGGCUCAGUAGUCAUUAAAUAGUUAAGACUUUUGGGUUUUAAUGGUUUAAGAAAUGAUUCUUUAACACAGAGUAAUAAAGGCAGUUUCCACUGUAUUCAGACUGUGCCUUAUAGAUUAACAGCAAUGUUUCAAACUCAAGUUGUGUGUUUAAAUGCUUAUAUUGAUGAUAAUGUGGAUAGUAGCACAAAAAGAGUAAUUUUUUUCCCUGGGUAUGUAAAUGUCACACUGACUUACAUAGAUGUUCUGUAAUGGCAUCAUUAGAUAUUGAGGAAGCUGCAGCCUCAGAAUCUACAUUCUCCUUUUUUACAGAGAAUCUAGUACUAACUUGUUUCUUCCAGCAGGUGAUAGUGUAAGUGUAGUAUGAGUAUAGAUAAGUGCACUGAUCGAGUGUAUCUGCUGUUCUUGAGUGAUGUAUUUUUCACAUUGCUUCACAGUCUGUAGAAGUAAUACAUGUUUUCUUUUGUCUUCUUCACAGUAACUUGUGAGAAUGUUGACCCAUCUGUGUGCACCUUAGAUGUUAAUUUCCUUACUCCAAGAGCCCAGUAAAAAGCACUGAGACUAAAAUAACUUCAAAAUCACUUGAGAUAUGCCUGACUUAGUAUACCUUUCUUCACAGACACGUGUUGCUCACAGAUAAAGAGUUAGUUGUAUGUUGAUAAUAGCUUGUGUGUAGCUUCACAUUUGUAUAUAUGGGUACUUCCACUGAAAACUUACUUUCUCCCUUGGUUAUGCUGUUAGAGGGAGGUGGGUUCGCCCAUUUUUUAGUUUCUGCCAACUGCACGAUGAGAUGGAGGCUUCUAGCAACCUUGUGCCACCAUUCUUGGUUCUUAGGGAUUUCUUCUUUUUCCUACCUGCAAAUUCUGAAUCAGUUUUGGAGCAUGAAUUGCUCAAGUCACACUUCAUCUGCUGAUCUGCAGCCUGAGUAAGAAGAGACACACAUUUCAUAUCAGAAAAACUCUUGUGACAAAUCAGUGGGACCUCUGUCAAAGCUGAUAGUUGCCUGAGCUCCCCACUUUGUGUAGUGUUAGUACUAGCCUUCACAAACAUGCCAGUAGUACAGCUCUUUUGGUCCUGCUCUCCAUCCCUUUCAGAGCUUUUUGUUCUGAAUAGUUAUGCUCUUUUGGGUAUAGAAAUUCACGUGUUUUUAAGGCUGUUCUAUCAUAAGGAAGAUCAAGAUGGUGGCAUAAGACCUCAGUGUUGGAAAAAUCUUUCCCACCUUUGGGGCAGCAUAAGUCUCUUCCCAAUUCCAGGAGCUUUAUUGCAGGUGUCCUUUGUGCCUCUGAAUUAUGAAAGCCACCAUGAUCUUAGUACUGGAUAGUUGUGGAGGGUUUUGAAAGAGCGUCGGUGGUUCUCUUUGGGGGAGGUUGCCACUAAUCUUAAGGUUCGUGCCGUUAAUCUGAUGUCAUGAAUCUGAUCAUCAGUUCUUAGAUUCCUCACCUUCUUCAGGGCCAGGUUCUGACCUGCUCAUCUAGUCUGUCUGGCAGUUGCUACUGGAAGAGAGAGGAUUGAAUGCAACGACAGCCAAGAUAACUACUUUCCUCCUGUACAGAAAAAUUGCAAAGAUAGAGGCUCUUGUGUUUUCAUUCUUCUGUGAGGAUCUCAUCUGCCUUUCCUCUAAGAAAUGGUGGAUUCAGUAAUAAUAAUCAGAUGGCAUUUUUUUCAAAGCCCCUUACCUCAAAAUUUCUUGAAGUACAUUUGGCACUAGUUCAAACAAACGGGGGGUUCCUCCCCUUGGUGUUCACCGAGAUGGCUCUGCCAUUUGUAAGAGCAUCCACCUGGUUAAAUCUGAUCGCAGGUGCUUCCCAGGAGCUGAAAGACUGGGUAAGAAGUGAUCAGGCCACUCCAGCAUUAGUGACAAGAGCAAUUUUGGAAGGUUUCAAUGAACUAAAACUGGUAGUGAGAAACUAAGUAAUUUUUGCUAAUUACUUUUUGUAAGAUCCUUUGUAGCUUAAUUUCCCUUGGAAUCAGAGGCUAUCUGACCCUCAGUUAAAUCCCACAUUUCUGUAAGUGGUACCAGAUGUGGCUAAUACUGUGUUUGAGAAAUGCAGAAGGACAAAAUUCUCUUUGUAAUCUGUAUGGCUUCAAAUCUUGGGAUGUUCUAGAGACAGCAGAAUUUUUUCCACUAUAAAGCAACCUUGAAUUUUCACUUAGAUCAUCCCCAGGGAAAAAAAAUCCCAAACACAUGAGAAAUAUAGAUAUGUGACAAAUAUAUAUACAUGACAAAUCAGUAGGCAAUUAAAAAAACUUUGCUGUUAAGUCCUGUAUUUCACAUUUUUGUACUGUCUGGGUCUACAUAAAAUACAAUACAAUUCUGGUCAUUUUGAUGUGUAUCAAAAGGCCAGAAAGGUUUUUUGAGUAACAUUCUUGGUAUUUUGGUAACAGAAAUUCCAUGUGCCAAACAAGACAAAACUCCAGUGUGGAAUGGAAACAAGCCUGGAAAGAUGGAAAAAUGUUCUGAAGAGUAUAAAGUUAAGUAAAAUAGAGACAAUGCAGUUUUGCAGAGCCAGCCACUCAAUAUAUUGACAAUAUCCAUAUUUUUGCUUUUUCCCAGCUGUAAGUUAAGCUGAAAGAACAUCUGUGUUUGACAUUAAGCAACUAAUUUGAUUAAACUUUUCAUACAGGAAAUAAAAUGUUGUGUACCUUUUUGCAGAGAGAGACAGAAAAAUGUGCAAAUAAAAACUUUCCUAUGCUGUGCUUAGUAGCUUGGUGUAGACAACUCUGUGCUGCUUAGGAAUGUUGUUAGAUGCAUGAGAAAUUCCCUCUGUGAAAAUCUUUUCUCAGUUUUCACUGAUUACACGGUAUACUCUUGGAAAGAUUACUUUUGUUAGGUAUGGACAGUUUCUUGUAACUAAAACAGAAUAAUGGGGUUUGAAAGACCACAGUUUUAUUUCAAAGCAUUGGUAGUUUUGAGAGUUUCUGAACCCACAUGGGGGAUAGAGGUGAAAAGCUGGAAAUAGAAGCUUGAUACUGUGUUUUAUAAAGAGCAAUUGCGGGGGGUCCCUUUGGAGAAGUUGUUAAGAUGUUAAUAAAUGGUUUUUUAUUCUUUAUAUAAAAUAUUCAAGAUACCUGA